UUGAGUUCCCAUGCCGUCUCGAGAUCAAGCGCUUUGCGCGCAUUGAAAUAAUUUUCGAUAAUUUUUGUCACAUUUUCAACUUAAAUUCUUUACCCACAUAGAUGGAAGCCGCGUAGCCAGAAGAAGGACGCUGGAGUUCCGUUGGCCAGUAUCGGAUAAACAAGCGAGACCACAAAAUUAAGACAUUUUGCAGAACAGUCACCAUGGCAUUUGUGAAGGAAGAGAAUGUGAUUGAUGAAUUGGCUUGUGCGCAGAAUAGCAAUAUGAACUCGCAGGAGGCCUCUGCAACUCAGCCAUGCAGUCAGUCUAGCAGCGAUCUGGUGCAUUCACCGCCACCAAUCCCUGAAGGAGCAUGGGGAUUCCUCACUAGCCACAACUAUGACCUGCCUAAGAUUUACUAUCUAACAAAAAAAUCUCACACCUUUGGACGCUCACCAAAGGAAGACUUCACUUUUAAUCUUGAGCGUCACUGCCUUCCUCUAGAUGUCUACAGUAACAUCAGCAAACAUCACUUUGUUAUUCACCGUAACCAAAAUGAAAGUAAUUUCAUACUAGAGGACAGGAGUUUGAAUGGAACAUUCAUUAAUAAACAAAGGGUUGGUGGCAAUGAUAGUGGUGAAAAGGACAGAAAUCCAACACGCAGUCGCAUGGCUAUUUUGCAAGACCAUGACAAAAUUUCAAUCUGCGAUGCAAGUGGCCCAUUUUUCAUCUUUAGUUUGCUGGGAAAUGUAAAUGAGCUUGAAAAGGGUUUACCACAGGAUUUGCUGCAGAAGUACAGGAUCACCAACUUGCUUGGUACUGGAGGAAGUGCCACAGUUUAUUUGGCUUAUGAACAUGUAACCUGCCAACCAUUUGCCGUCAAAAGGAUUGACAAAGACUUCAAAACGAUGGGGAUGAAUUCGGUUUCCUACAUUCAGACUGAGAUCAAAAUCUUGAAAUCUCUUGCUCAUCCAAACAUUGUGAGAGUACAAGACGUUAUUGACGUGGAGCAUCAGACCUUCAUCGUCAUGGAGUACAUGAAAGGAGGCUCCUUGGCAAAAGUCUUGCAACAGAACAAGAGUGCUCCUUUGGAGGAAAAGUUGUGCCAAGUGUGGUUCUACCAGCUGCUGCUAUCUUUAGAGUAUCUUAAUUCCAAGUCCAUCAUUCACAGAGACAUCAAGCUGGAGAACAUUUUGGUUUCCCACAAUUCUCGCGAUAGUCCCAUCAAAUUAGCUGACUUUGGACUGUCAAAAAUUGUCUCUCAGUCCAAGAAGGCUGUUACUUGCUGUGGUUCCUAUGAGUAUGUGGCUCCAGAGGUCAUUAACAGUGAAAGACUUUUGGGUUUUGCCCGACCCUACACAUCCAAAGUAGAUAUUUGGUCCCUUGGUGUGACUCUAUUUGUCUGCUUGAGUGGAAAGAUGCCUUUCAUCAGCAGUGAUGCGGUGGAGCUGAAAAAGAAAAUUUUGGCUGGGAAUAUUAACAUGAAAGGCCCAGAAUGGGCAAAAGUCAGUGAGCAUGCUAAACAGAUGGUCAGAUGCAUGCUGAUGGUAAAUCCUGAAGAACGGAAGAGUGCAGCUGAAUUACUGGAAGCACCUUGGUUCCAGACUAAAAAAUUUGAUAUUGUGAAGGAAGCUUGUAAAAGAUUUUCCAAAACAAGUUCGAAGCCGCCACCUCUUUUCGAUUCUCAAAAUGAAGAACCUGCUCCUAAAGUUGCCCGCAUUGAUGAUGCAGACCGCCAUCUGACAGAAAAGAUCUCCCCACAACCUUCAACCUCAAAAUGCAUUGCAUUCUAAAAACGGUGCCUUGCAAACUUUUAUCAGCAAAGGCUGUUACUGGCAGCCUUUAAUGUAGUUUUUAAGAAACAUUUUAUACUUUUGAUACAAAGUUUUAUGAAACUCUUAUAUUAUGAUUACGAAUUAAUUUUGUAAACAGUUAUUUUUAUAAAAACAAAAGGUUAAAAAAAAAUUUAAUGUUAAAUGCUCUGUAAGUCGACAAUUAUCAAUUAAACAAAUGUUCAUUAGAGCAGUCCAUGCUUAAGGAAAGCUAGACUUAAAUUGAGUAGCGUCAUAUCACAGUAAUGCAUUACUGAAUUUGUCAAUGACAAUAUGAAUAGGAUAAACCACAAAACCUGAAAAAUUAUUAAUUCUGUGCCCUUUAAGAAAUAAAUGACUAUUAUAGUGUAUGAUUAUAUCUUU